AUGGGAGCCUUAUUCUGUAAAUUGUUCAAGAAACCCGAAAUGAGGGUGUUGCUAAAUGGACUUGAUGCUGCCGGAAAAACAACAAUUCUUUAUAAACUCAAAUUAGGUGAAGUUGUAACGACAAUUCCUACCAUAGGAUUCAACGUGGAGACGGUCGAAUACAAGAAUAUAUCAUUUGUGACGUGGGACGUAGGCGGAAGAGGUAAGAUGAGGCCUCUGUAUAGACACUACUACCCUGGUGUUAAAGCUAUUGUAUUCGUGGUUGACAGUAGUGACAGAGAUCGGAUGGAACAAGCCAGAGAGGAACUGCAUGCUAUCUCAAAAGAGGGAGAACUAAAGGACGUUAAUAUCGCCAUUGUGGCCAACAAACAAGAUUUGAAGUGUGCAAUGACCCCCAAGGAAAUUGACGAGAAAAUGGACGUUAGUACCAUCCGUAAAACGCACACGUGUGAAGUGUUCGGUACCACGGCUACAACUGGGGAGGGUCUGUACGACAUGAUGGACUGGUUGGUAGAUGUUACUACUAGGAGACAGACAAUGGAGAUUCUAACAGGAAAAGACCAGGAUGUAACUGUGAAAAAGGGUCAUAAAUCGUUGUACUUUACAUCAACUUUGUCUUAUAUCAAACAAGUGUUUUCAAAAGUGUGACGGAUAUGAUGUUGACGUUGUCAUAUUUCUUGUCAAUCUUUUUUUAUUUUCAAAAGUUUUCAAGUUUAUUGUUACUUUCCACCAUUAUUGUUAUUGUUGGGUACAUACGAUAUAACAACUUUAAAUACCAUUUUCUUAUAUUUGUU